AUGAGGGCUAACCUACGACCUAGACUUGACGGACACGUCAUCACACGCCAUUCCACUAAGGCGACGCCCUUGCCCACCCGGCCCACCACCCGCAGUCGAAGGACGCGAGACCGUGCCCUGACGACUUCCCCAUUGCCGAAUACCGAUCCUGCACCGUCCACUGUGUCGACAAACGCUCUGCUUGCACAACCAGAACCUGUUACCCCUGGGACGUCGCUAAUCACUACGUCGAAGACUCCAGUUCCCCCUUUAGUCAAACUCGCCAAGACCCGCUCCCGUCGUCGUUCCUCUUCACCACGCCCAAACAAGAUGACACGGAGCGAAGACAUGCUUGUACUUGCACACGGAAAACUCCCCAUCAUCCGUGCCGGAGACCUCACGCCCUCGGUACUCUCUCAGGCGGAAAAGGCAUGCCGAUCGUAUUUCAAACAGAAAGAAAUCGAGGACGACAAGCAGGUCGCCUACUGCUUGGAAAUCUUUGAAGACCCCAUGAUCGACUCGUAUUUGACAUCCGAGGAGUCACGCUUGGCCGAACUCACACUCGCUCAAUUCUUCACGGACAUCGCGGACACCUUCUUGCCCGCGACGUGGAAAGACAACGUGCAGACAGACCUACUCGGCGCCUUCAUGCCCCCGACAGGCUUGUUCAUGGAAUACGCCACGCAAGUCUUCGCGUUCAACGCCCAGCUCGCAAAGGUCGAAGCAGGCUAUGGCGCGAAGGAGUUGCGCCCUGUCCUGGAGGCGGGCAUGAAUGCGGGCCUCCGCCUCUUGUACAAGAAAGAUCAAAAGGCGAAAGCAAUGGCCACGGAAGACCAGAAGCAAUUGACUGGGUGGGUACGCGAGGUCAAACGCAUCGAUGAGGAGCGUCUGGCGGACAUCCGUGUACAACGCGAGAUCUUCGAACAGAUGCAAGCCGAGAAGGACUCGCAGCGCCGCGAACAACGUGACAAGCAUCGCGCAUAUAGUGAGGUGGACGACCGCCAAGCUAAGCGCCCCUUUGGCCCAUCUUCGAAGACGAACUCAAACACCAGCUCCCAAACGACACGCCGUUUGCCGAAGCUCACCGAAGAAGAACGCGAAAUCAUCCGCAGUAACAACGGUUGCACGAUCUGUCGCAAAUUGUUUGUAGGCGACAAGCAUGAGAAAUGCGAAGCAUGGCCCAACCCGAGCACGUACACGCCGAUCACGGAACAUAGUGUUUUGGCGGCGAAGGCUGUACGCGCCCAAAACAAUGCGAAGGGCAAAGGCAAGGCCGUGGCUGUCGUCAUGCCGGUUGCGGAUGUAGACGAGUCGAGUUUCGAAUCGGAGAACAGCUUGGACUGCCCCUAA